UACCCAUUUCUCAUCUUCGUAUUGACUAAGGCAAGAGUCUUAUCCACAAUCCACAGCAGAAAUUCCCCAACUGAAAGAAACACCGCCUGAGCUACAAUGGCGAUUCUCUGUGCUUCCUCCUCUACACCCACUUUCUCUUUACAUUCCGCUCUUACCAAUGGAAGCACAACUAACAGAGCCAUUCCCAAAAACUCACUCCUUCCUCAUUCAAAAUCUUCUUUUCUUUUAACCCACACCACGAUUUCUCUGAACUCCAACCCGAGGAGUUCGCUUCUUCAAUUGCGAGCUCAGGAGCUGGAUCGUGUCCCUUUAGAACAGCGGUGGAUGUUCGAGGGCGACGAGCUUGACGGCCCUGACAUAUGGAAUAAAACGUGGUACCCGAAGGCUGCAGAUCAUGUGAACACAGAAAAACCUUGGUAUGUGGUUGAUGCCACCGAUAAGAUUUUGGGAAGACUAGCUUCGACCAUUGCCAAUCAUAUCCGAGGGAAGGACUUGCCAACCUACACUCCUAGUGUGGAUAUGGGGGCUUUUGUGAUUGUGGUAAAUGCAGAAAAAGUUGCCGUGUCUGGUAAAAAGAGGACACAAAAACUAUACAGGAGGCAUUCAGGGCGACCAGGUGGUAUGACAGUAGAAACUUUUGACCAGCUACAGCAGAGAAUUCCUGAAAGAAUUAUUGAGCAUGCUGUUCGUGGUAUGCUUCCAAAAGGGAGGCUUGGAAGAGCACUUUUUAACCACUUGAAGGUUUACAAAGGACCAGACCAUCCACAUGAGGCACAAAAGCCAGUUGAGCUGCCAAUUAGGGACAAAAGGAUAAAAAAAGAUAGUUAGUAUAAACUACUAAGAGCAAACAAAAGACGAAGAGGUGAAGCUCUCUUUUCCGAGGUUUCCGAUGUUUGUAGAAUCAAGUUGGAGUUUUCAUGCUUCAACUCAAUUUGAUAUCAGUAUUUGAUCUGUAUUUCGAUUCCAAAUCUUAGUCUCCUCUGAUAACAUCUUAGUCUAGUCCUAAGUUGCGUUUUCAAAGUUCUUAAUUCGGAAGAGGACGUCUCUAAUUGUUGCCCCUGUUGAAGGUCGUGAUAUUGGUAUUUUGAUUGCAUUUGUUGAUUGAUUUCUCUAUUUAGAGAGUUUCCUCUU